AGUCGAUGUGCAUCAAAAGCAAAAGCAGCAGGACUACUGUUGAAUAUUUUGAUUAUCUCUACAUAGGAAAUGUCUCACCAACAAUCGGCUAAAAUGGAAAAUUCACCAGCAAAUGAGAGAAAAAAUUCUUCAGAAUUUUCUGUCGUGAAAUUAGAAGAGGGAGUCGACGAUCAGAAUCAGACCCCCAUGAAGAACAAGAGGAUGAAGGUUGAACACUGUGCUGCAUGUGGUGAUGUUGGCUUUCAGGAAGUUGCUGUGACCUGUGAUUGCUUCAAUGCUCGUGAAAAUGAAUAUUGCACACAUUACAACAGCUUGGCAAUUCCAGAAAUUUGGUUUUGUGAAAAAUGUUGCAAUAGCGAUCACUUAGGUUUACCAGAAUUCAGUCCAAGGGGAACUUCUUUUGAUUCUUUGUGUUCAAGCCCCAUUGGGGUGGCUAUCCAUGGGAACAAAGAGAUUCCUUCAGGUCAGGAAGAACCAACUCAUGCUGGAGAUGAUGCAUUUUCAUAUGGGAAGGCAAAGCAAGUAAUCAAUGGAAUCUCUACAGUGAAAUCUCACUGCCCUACAAAGUUUUCUGGCAAGAAGGCAGAGCAAGCAUCUAAUGAAACAUCAUGCCCAUCUUUCUCAAUAAAGACACCUUCAUUUUCUCUGAACCAUUCAGGCAACGAGGCUGAAAAAACUACUGAUGGCAGACUGUCUCUGAAUUCUCUAACAGAUAAACCUACACAGCUGCCUAAGUCUUCAGGCAUGAAGGCAGAACAAGCAACUUAUGAAGGAUUGUGGUCAUUUUUCUUACCACCAGAACCUCUGUCCUUCACGCAUGAUGGUAAGAAGGCAGAGGAAGCAAUCAAGGACGGGGUUUCUCUAUCUUCUUUAACGACGAAACCCCCACCACCCCCUAGGCAUUCAAGGAAGAAGCUUUCAGGUGAAAAACACUACCUUGAUGAUGAACCCAAAACUUCUGACAUCCAAGCAAAGCCUGUCAAGUAUAAUCUGCUUCAGUUUGAGAAAUACCCUUCAAACCAUCCUAAGCUUGAAGCUGUAUGGAAUGGAAGCUUUGGGGUUCUUGAUACGGUGUUCCCUGGAAAUGGUUGUUUUAGGGCUCAUCUUCCUCAGUGUCCAUGGAUUAUUGAUAGUAGAGCGUAUCAGGUUGCCAAGCAAAUGCCCAAAGUACUACAGUUUGAGCUGCGACCUCGUUGCAACAUUUGGGCUGAGAUCUUUAAGAAUGAUUUUGCUUUUGGUUGUGACAUUUCACUUUAUUUUUUUCCUGGAAAUUCAGAGAGGUCUAUACAGCAAUUUGGUCACCUGUGGUCAUUCAUUGAUAAAGAAGAUCUAGUGAUGAGGACUUGCAUGAAUGGAUUUGAGUUAUUAGUAUUCUCAUCUAAGCGAUUGCGCUAUGCUGAUGAGUUAAAAUGGAUAUCCUUCCUAUGGGGAGUGUUCCGUUUUGCAAAAAAAGAACAUGUCUCUGCUAGCGUAUCCAACAAUAAGAUAUCUGAAGCUCAUGCCUCUGGAGUUGGAACUGCAAGUAAACAGCUCCCAAGGAAGAAAACUAAAAGGUUCAACAGCCUUGAAGUUCCUCCUGGGUUCUUUAGGAAAUCUGCUAGUGAGGAUGCUCUUGAGGAAAGCUUUGAUGCCUCUAAUCUAGUGGAAGUUCCAGUGAGAAGUCAUCCGGCUGUUUCUCGUAGCGCAGCCCAUUGGGCUCGGGUUGCUCGUCGUAGGAGACCUGGCAAGCCCAACAAAACACCAUGAGUUGCGCAUAUCAGGGAGGGUGGCCAACAGGAGAUGUUGUCAAUGAAGAAUAACCAUCAUCUCUAGUUGUCAACUGAAUAAGUUAACCAGAUACUUGUACCGCAGACUGGUUUUUGAGUAACCGAUUUCGUGUGGAAAACUGUAGGACCAUCUUGCCUUUUUUGGUUGUGCCCUUUGUGACCACUCACCAAAUUUGUUAAACUUGGCUUAUUUUCCUUUUGUUGAUGGUAUUAAGGUUGGAGUUCAUUUUCUAUGUUCA